AUGGGUCAGCGCCUAAGCGAGGAGAGUGACCCGGACAAGGAAAUCGAUGUGGCAGAGCUGCAGGAAUGGUACAAGAAAUUUGUUGUGGAGUGCCCGAGUGGAACGCUGUUCAUGCACGAGUUCAAGGGAUUCUUUGGUGUCAUUGACAACAAGGAGGCCGCAGAUUACAUUGAAAACAUGUUUCGAGCCUUUGAUAAGAACGGCGACAACACUAUUGAUUUUCUGGAGUACGUGGCAGCCUUGAACUUAGUCCUGAGGGGUAAACUGGAACAUAAACUUAAAUGGACAUUCAAAAUAUAUGAUAAAGAUGGAAGCGGAUGCAUUGACAAAAUAGAGCUUCUUGAAAUUGUGGAGUCCAUUUAUCGACUGAAGAAAGCCUGCCAUGGAGAGCUGGAUGAAGAAUGUAAUCUUCUGACCCCAGACCAAGUGGUUGACCGGAUAUUUGAGCUGGUUGAUCAAAAUGGAGAUGGGGAGCUCUCGCUGGAUGAGUUCAUUGAUGGAGCGCGGAGGGACAAGUGGGUGAUGAAGAUGCUGCAGAUGGACGUCAACCCCGGAGACUGGAUCAACGAGCGAGCAUGCAGUUCUGACUCCUGA